UCUUUUAAAACAUGCUAGGCGGUGCCCAUUACGUCACACACUUAGAUUUCGGCGAAGGUUGUUCUUGUUUGCUACAUCUAGAUCCCUACCCCCAGAGCAAUUUCGGGUUGAAACCGAACUGAGGGAAAUGGGAUUGCUUUCCAACAGAAUUGAUAGGAGCAGCCUUAAAGCAGGGGAUCAUAUAUAUUCUUGGCGCACUGCUUACGUUUAUUCUCACCAUGGUAUCUAUGUUGGUGAGAAUAAAGUCAUCCACUUCACCAGACACGGUCAAGAGGUGGGGACCGGGACUGUGUUGGAUGUCCUCCUGGUAAGCUCCGGACCCUCCCGGUCCCAUGUGCCUUGUGUCACGUGCACCCCCUCAAGAGACAGCCACGGGGUCCACUUGUCGUGCCUGGACUGCUUCCUUGCCGGCGGCAUCCUCUACCGAUUUGAAUACUCGGUCAACCCCGCUCUCUUCCUCGCAAAGGUACGUGGGGGAACUUGCUCCCUUGCAGUCCCAGAUCCGGAUGAGGAUGUGGUGCACCGGGCAAAUCACCUUCUUAGAAACGGGUUCGGGUGUUACAAUGUGUUCAAGAACAAUUGUGAGGAUUUUGCGAUCUAUUGCAAGACGGGUUUGCUCGUGGUGGAUGAGAGGAGUUCGAUGGGGCGGAGCGGGCAGGCGGUGUCUAUAAUCGGCGGGCCUCUGGCAGCUGUUUUAUCGUCACCGCUGCGGCUUGUCACGACAAAUGUGUAUGGGAUGGCAGUUAUGGCUGUUGGGGUGUAUUGUGCCAGCCGAUAUGCUGCUGAUAUUGGGACGCGUAGAGAUGUGGUGAAGGUGAGUGUGGAGGAUUUAACGGGGAGGCUAGCAACUGACAUGUAUCAGGCUUCUGUUGUGCCCAGUCUUCCUACUCUGCCUGCUACAAGCUGAUGUGUUUCUGGGCGCAUGUGUGUAAGAUAUUAUGAUAUCUGUAGUCCUUCACAACUACAUCUUUGAUACGGACAGUUAUUUGUGACGGUUUGUAUGCAAAUGAUAACAAUUAACCAAAAUUUCUAUACUGAGUGUUUCUUUUGGAGUUUUUCUGCUACCUAUAGCAUAUAUUACUAAAUCAAAAGUGAUGAACAAAAAAAUGACUGACAUUGUGCUGACCGGUGACAGCACCACUAAAAAUUGUCGCUCAUAUUAGAAAUGGUCAUUAAUAUGUCACUAUUUCUUUAUUUGUUUUUAAUGUUUCAGCCAAUCCCUCAAGCCAAUAUAUGCUGUUUUUAGUGGCGUUUAUCAGUUCAUUAUAUCCAAGUGAAGCUAAAAUUGAUAUUAGUAUGAUGUGAAAGAUCAUAAAAAGUUGG